ACUAUGUUACUGUUAUGAGUGAUGUUGGAUUAGUGAAGUGUUGUACGUUUCGAAGUUAAAACAAUUUUAAUUUUAUACGUUCUAACUAAGCUUCUCAGUUAUAGAUAGCUUAUAAUUAAUACCAUACGAUUUUAACACUUCAAGCUUUGUCUGAAAUAUAUUCUUGAUGGUCAAAUAACAGGAUAAAGUGGAGUUAAUAAUAAAAUAGAAAUGUGGCGUAAUGCUGCUAAUUUUAAGAAGUUAAAGUACAAUAAUUAAAUACAUUAGAAGUAUGGAUUUAAAAUUUUGUUUAGCCUUAGUAAUAAUGGUUGGACUGUGAUAUUGGCUGAAAUUUUUCCAUUUGUCGAACUCGAAAGUAGAAAUCUGAUUUUAUGAUGAUUAUAGCAUCAUUACUACUAGUACUAUAUAUAGGUGCAACCAAAUUUCCAAAAUACCAAAUACUGAAAUAGUAAGUUAGGUAAUAAACCAAGUAUUUCAUCAGUGAUCAACACAAAAGUAACAAUGUAACAUUUUAAAAUUUCAGAUUUAAACAUUGAAGAUUAAUCAAUAGGUUUUCCACAAUUCAUAUGCUACAUUAGCUUAAGACUUGAGUUAAUGAAGCAGCAGCUGAAAAUAUGUUUAUGUAGACGAAAAUAUACUAUUACUAGUAGUGCUACUACUAAUGCUAUAGUGGAACUAAAUGCAACUUUCAACUUCAGGCUUACUCCAAAAACAAGCAUCGAUCUGCAGAAAAGCAUAUGGCUGGUAAAUCAAGUGAAAGAAGCUCUGCAGACUCCCCUGCAAUGGUUCAUGAGUCAGUUUCAUCAAUGCGAUCAGGACAAGUCAAUGGAAUGUUUGUUUUUUACAGGUCUCCCAAUGAUGCCAAUUCAGCAUAUAAACAUCCAACUGGAACUGCCAGUCCAUCAGCAGUGGUAACAAGUGGCUAUCAGUACAUUGAGGAUUUAAACAGAAAUUGUUUACCACAUAGUACAGUAGCACAGGUACCUGUGUCGCUGUAUCCUGCAUUACAUGUGUAUAGAGAACCCUACCUCAAUGAAAGAUCUAAUGUUCCUAUCGACCAACAUGUACAUAAUGUUCGUCGUAGACCCACCCUUCUUCCUCCAGCAGAACCUCCCUCAGCAAUAGAGAGGUUGCAGGCACAGAGAGCCCAACGAGAAGCUCAUAGGUAUCAAUAUGAGAGAGAAAUGGCUGCCUCCAUGCCAUCUGGAUUUGUACCUCCUGGGAAUUUGCUGGCUGGUUCAAAUAUUGGUCCAUCUGGAGUUGACUUUGACCACUCUGUUGUUAGUAAGAGGCCACGGUUAGCAGUGGAAAUAAAACAUCCUUUUCAUCAGCCCCUCAUCAUUGACACUUUGGGUGCUAUGGAAGUGAAAAAGGAACAGAUAUACAACCCUCAGGUUGAAGCUAUAUCCCCAACAUUACCAGGGGAAGAUUCUAGGAUUAGUCUCUCUCCUCAAAGGACAUCGAAGGAUGAACUUCUUCAGUCCAUUAACAAGAUUGAUAGAGAAAUAGCCCAGGUAGAGCAUCAAGUGACCAAUCUGAGAAAAAAACAGCUUGAGUUAGAAGCAGAAGCAAGCCAGCCCUCUGAUACAAGGAAGAAACCGCAAGAAGCAUUGGUCUCGGAAUCUAAGCAGCUCAGCAUAGCUCAGUUAAUUUAUUCAGAUAACAGAAAAAAAGCACAGAAAGCUCAUGGUCUCUUGGAACAUUUAGGACCCAGCAUACACCUGCCUCUGUAUAAUCAGCCCUCGGACAUUGCCGUGUAUCAUGAAAACAAAAGAAGUUUUACAUCAUUGAAGAAGAAACUGUUGAAUUAUUUGAUGAAAACCCAACAAGAAAGACAACUAAGGGAUACUUAUCUAACUGAGAAUUACACCAAGCUCAUGCAGGCAUGGCUGAAAAAAAUGGAAAAAAGAGAGAGCAGUGGUAAUCGCAAAGUAAAAGAAACCAAACAGCGAGAGUUUUUUGAAAAGCAAUUUCCUGAGUUAAGGAAACAACGUGAGGACAAAGAAAGGUUCUCUCGGGUCGGACAACGAGUAAGAAGCGAGGCUGAAUUGGAAGAAAUAGUGGAUGGAAUUCAUGAGCAAGAGCUUGAAGACAAGAAAAUGAAGAGCUAUGCCGUCAUUCCUCCGAUUCUUCUUGAUCAGAGACAGAGGAGAAUAAAGUUCUUAAACAACAACGGCUUCGUGGAAGAUCCCAUGGCUGAGUACCAACAACGGCAACUCCUCAAUAUGUGGACAGAUCACGAGAAAGAGAUCUUUCGAGAAAAAUACCUUCAGCACCCAAAAAACUUUGUCUUCAUAGCAAGCUAUCUAGAAAGAAAGAGUGUCAAUGAUUGUGUCCAGUAUUACUACCUCUCCAAGAAAAGCGAGAAUUACAAACAACUCCUUAGGAAGCACACAGUUCGCAAGAGGACUCGUCCCUUGGUCAAACCUCCAUCCCAUGGUCAGCCAAGCACACAGCCACCUGUCACCUUUGUGACAACUACAGCCACCUUAGCGUUGACAGCAGCUGGCAGGAAUCUCGAAAUGUCUACAACAUCUCUGGAUACAACUACUUCUAAUUCCACAGUUGACAGUGGAAAUAAAAAUCAAGAAGGAACUGGAGGUAUGAAUGGAGUUGUGAGUAUCCCUGAUGGUCAAACUGUUGAAAUAGUAAAAGGCAUUUUGAGGACAGGUGAUAGUAGUGAACUGCAAAGUAAUGAAACUGCAAAAGAUCUUGGAGAUAAUAACAACUUUCAGAGUAAAACCAGUGAACUUAAGACAUGUGCUGUCUGUCGGAUAGUUAUUGACAACUUAAGUCAAUCCCAGCCUUUGACCAAGUCUAACUGUGAUUUGUUUGGUUUGAAGGAAAACUAUAUAUCCCCUGACAUGCGUAUUUGUUCAUCUUGUCAGUUCAAGUCUGUGAGGAGAAGAUGUCCAAUUCCCACUUGCAAAACUCUUAAGCGAAAAUUGAAGAGACUACGUUCAUUUCCCAGUAAAUGGAAAGAUGUACCUCAGGAGUUGAGAGAUUUGAUCAUUGCUGAGCUAGAAAUUCCUAAUGGCGUUCAAAGAUGUUGUUGUGGCUGCUUUAACCGUAUUGCUUGGAAACUAGGAGUUUCUCUUGGAUCCGAAGGUGAUAAUCAGCAUGGUAAAUGGAACAAUGAAGAAAUCAAACUUCUGAAACAAGGGCUUAGAGAGUUCGGAAUGGACUGGGAUUCCAUAGCUAAGGUGGUGACUACCAAAACUAGUGAACAGUGCAAGUCUUUCUACAUGAGUUGCAAAGAAAAGUUGGGUGUCGAAGAACUUGUUAAAGGGGAAACACAGAUUGAUGGAGAGGAGAUAACUGGUGGGAAACUGGUGGAAGACUCGGGGGAGACUACAUCAAGCUGUGAAGAAGAUAAUUGUAUUGACAGAUGUAGUAGUGACACAGCCAGUGCUCCAAGCCCUGUUUCUAGAAACAGAGAAGAUGGUAUAAUAUCAGAGGAAAUUGUCAGUACUCUACAAGGAAUCACUCGAUCAGAUGAUCAAACUGAAAAAAACCUAAAUAUUACAAUAAUCAGAGACAACAGACAGUUAUCUCAAGAUAGUGUGAAGAAUAGCUCUGACUAUGAUAGCAGUGCUACAAUGAGUGCCGACGAAGGUUUGGGACAGAUUGAAUCUGAAAUGCCUGGAAUGUCCAAACAAUGUCCAGAAGUUAGACAGAUUUCAGAAGAAAGUGUUGAACCAGAAGAUCACAUUCCAUUGAUGAAAACUCUUCCGUCAAACCCUGCUGUCAGCUAUGUAAUGCCUAAUCCAGCUUUCCCCAUUGCUACUUCAACAAACUUCAUCCCUGUUGAAAAGGUAUCGUCCAAAGAAGAGCCCACCUGUGUUCGUGAUCUAAUAUACCAAGCUAUUGAAUACAGUCUGCAAGCUCCAAAUAAAUCUUCCCGCACGUGUACACCAGUACCAGUUAUUCCGAGUAGUAAGGACUCUUGUGUAUCAGAAGAAGUUAAAGAGGAGGAGAGUGAAGCUCAUGCACCAUCAGCAUCCCAUGAAACAACUAAAUUUCCAAUGUAUAGUAAUUCUGUUCCCUUGCCUCAUGCCGAAGGGCUGGCCAUGAUGGCCCAGUUUUCACAAGCUCUUCUUCAAGAACAAGAUGAGGUACAAGAUCUCAGUAAAAAAGACAGACGUGAAAGAAUUAACAUUUCAACACAGGAUUUCAAAAAAAAAGAAAGAAUCUCCCCUCCAACACAGUUGUCAUUAGGAUCGGGGCUGCCUCACCAUCAAAUUCCUUACUCUCAGUAUGGUGCUCCACCACCAGCUCACUCAAACCAAUAUAAUAGAUCCUUACAACCUCCUCCAGAUAUCCCUCCACCAGAUCUUUGUAGAGAUGUAUACAUUGGUUAUCCAGGAAGGCUUGGCUUUGUUGGAUCUGAUCAAGCACUCUCUCAACCCCCUCGUCUGAUUACUCAGGCUUUAUCUCCAUCACCUACCAGUGUACCUUCAAGCCGACAAGUAUCCAGGCCCUCUGUUCCUCCACCACCACCAUUAAUAACAAACAAUAAACAAAUCUCUGUCAAGUUUCCUCACAUGGCACCUGGGUCCAUUACUCAAGGAACCCCUGUAAGUCUUUAUCCUCCUCCUAAUGUCCCAGUAAAUCCGACUCACUAUGAAGGGCUUGUAAGACAGAUUCAUCCCAAGCAAGCUAAAAAUGGAGGGUCCAUAACUCUUGGGACACCAUUACAUGAUCAGGUAGAAAAAAGACCUGUAAGAUCAGAUGAUCAAACAGCAUCAAGUGUUUUAUCAGUACCAGUUGUGGAAGGAAGAAACAACAGAAGAACACCAUCAACAGAAUUACUCUCUAAGACAACAGUUCCUGUACUCUACGAACAAGUGGUUGACCAAUACUAUUGUCGACCUACUUCGUCUCCAUAUGAUUCCAGCCAAUCACCCUCCAACAGACAAGGUUUUGUUAGUGAAACCUCAAGCUCAAAACAGCUAAUGAUUGACUUCAAUACUUCUAAGCAAAUGCACAGAGAAACUAGUAAAGUUCCAUCACCUAGGGCUAGGGAUUCUAGUCCCCAUCCACAGCAAGACUCCAGGAUACCACAAACGUAUGCUAGUAUGUCAUAUCCAGCUUAUUCUUCUGCUUCCGAAGUUCGUUAUACAAAUAACUCAAGUUCUUUAAUGACCCAUCGAGACCAGCCUCUUAGCCACUCUUCAGAAAACCAGUGGACUUCUCAUAGGAAGCAGUCCGGUCUCCAUAUUUCUCAUGCUCUUGUAGAACAGUCACCAUCAAGACAUAAUGUCAUCAGAAGCAUAACCUGGGGUACAGGGAAGCCUUCAGUUAUUCAGAUACCAAAAUCAUCAUCAUCUUGUAUUCAACAGUCCAUUAGUCCUAUUCCUGCUUCUGGAACAAAAACACUUUCAUCUCGUAAUCCCCAUCAUACCGUUUAUCCAGUGAUGGCUCCUACACACGAUGCCUUCAACACUCUUGUGGAUGCUGCUGUGGCUCAGCCUAGCUUGGCAGUACCUAAAGAAGAUAGGAGGCCAGACUUGAGUAGAUCUCCACAGAACAAGACAAUCAUGGAAGGCCUACAAAAAUCACUAAUGGAGAUGCAGCAGCAUCCCAGAUCUCACUCUGAAUCUAGAACACUAGGUUCUCAACACCUUCAAGAACUGUGUAGGAUAGAUUCUGAACAAGGAUGCACCAGUUCUAGAGCACAUGUGAAUGAUGAAAGACAGUUUCAGGAACAAACAAGAGUGAGAGACACGUUCAUUCCUGAAGACUACAAGAAUGUGGCAGAUAAAAACUUUAUUCAGCAUAAAGCUGAAAGAGAACAGAGAUCCAACCACAAGCUUCCAACCAGUUUACAUUUAAUGCAGGAACCUUUUACCCAAGAAAAGUUUGAACAAGAACUGAUGAAUGCUAGAUAUGGAAGGGAACACAAAAAAGGUAUUCCACAAAAGAAAGAUGAUUUGAGACAAGUCUUACCCAUUGACGUGGAGAGAGGUGAAGAAGGAUCUUUCCAUUUGGGUCGUGUUCAACAUCAAGCAGACUUAGGAAGGGAAGCAGCAAGAAUUUUGUCUGAAUCAUUUCAGAAAGAAAAGCCUAACAUAAGACCAACAAAUAAUCAGUUUACUGCAGUACAUUUAAUAGAUGCAAUAAUAACACGUCAAAUCAGUCAGAAUGCAGAUACUGAACCUAGGAACCAUAAUUCGGAAAACAGAUUUGUGCAGUACUCUGGUGGAAGUGAUAUUAGGCCAAGAACCACUAAAGAAGCUCCAAAGAAUGAAAAAGUAGUGACCAUAGAUGAGGUAUCAGCUACUGAUAGAUUUGGUAGGACAGAUACUCAGAGAGCAAUCAGUCAUGGUCAGAACAUUCCUCUUGUAUCAGAACUUACCCAUGUUUUCACACUUAAGCAACAGAUUGAAGAUAUCAUUUCCAAGAACUAUAAUUGUUCAAAUAAUGAAAGUGUUUCGACUAGUUCACCUCUUCCUUCUAAAUACACAGAAGGAGGUAAAAAUACUGUUGUAUCAAAUUUUCCAUCAAAAGGAACUUGUCAUUUUGUGGUAAAUCCUAAUAAAACAAAUUUCCCAUCAGUUGAUCCUCACUAUUCAGUAGCUAGUGUGAGUAGACAUGCAGAAGGAAUAGCUUCAGCAGCAGAAACUUGUGGUCCUCCCAUGGGAGAACCAGAUCACACUGCUGAAGAAUGCCCAGGAUCUAGAUGUGUGCAUCAUUCUUGGAAACUUCGUAAAGCUCUUCAAUCAGAAAAAGGUCAUAGCACUCAUGAUUCUGCAUCAAUGGGCACAAGUCCUGUUCUGAACCACGAUGAGAGAGAAAUUAUUCGUGUAACUCAUGAGGCUUCCCCUCCCAGUCAUACAUUAACAAAAACUCCCAACUUCCAACAAGGUUUCCCUCUAACAUCAUACACUGUGGAACCCAUUUCCCCACCAACACAAAAGACUGAAACUAGCAAUGAGUCUGGUGGAGAAAAUGUUCUUGGGUCUUCUCUGGGUGCACUUUCACAGAAUUUUACUUGGUCCCCUAGUGCUAGCAUUGCUGGGAUGUUUGCUUCCAGACGAGGGUAUUUGCAACAACCACAAGUGUCUGGUCGCAUAUCCCACCAAAAUCAAAUGAACUUGUCUCCUUUGGAUUAUGUUAAAAAUAAAAUUGUUGAAGUAAUGAAAACUGAAAGUACUGAAGUGCAGAGCCAGAAACUCUGUAGCCAAUCCACAACUAACGAAAACUUAAAGUUUCCAAGUACUCAACAUAAUAUGAAUGAAGAGAAUAAUGCUUUAGAAAGACCUCGGAGUAAUGGUCAUUGUAUGGCUCUCCAAGAUCCACUCUCUUCUCAGAAUGAAGUAACUUAUGGCUCAAGUAUUAUUCCCACAUCUCGACCUUCCUCUGCUAUUGAAAUAGGAUCUAGCCAAACUGUAAAAAAUAUUUCAAGAGGUUUGAAGAGAUCUUUUGACACUGCAGGUCUUGGAGAAUCACACAUAACUCGUCCUAGAUCUGUCUCUCCAAGCAGUUCUAAUCUGGGUAUUGGAAAUGGAGAUGAGCUAGGAAAAAGAUUCAGGAUAAAUUCCAGAUACAUACCAGAGAGUUCCACUGAUGGAGUGAUACAACAGCUCCCAGAGAGCUCUGAGAGACCUUCACAGGAAGUUCCUCGGCUGAGUAGCUCAGAAGACUUUGCCGAGAGCAAAGGUUUUGUAACAGAAAGUUGUACUUCCCCAAAUAUAGUAUCAGAUAGUGGAACAUUAGAUUCUGGCCCACAGUCAAGUCAGCAGGAUGAUAGAGUGCCUGGUGUUGAGAGUUCUACAGAUGAUAUUAGAAACGAAGGACAACAAUGGGAAGUUACCUCUGGUAACACUGAUGACAGACUAUUACCUGACGUGAGUUCCCAACUCAUAGACAGUCCAGGAUCUGGGGAAAUGGUAAUUGAUGAAUCAUCAAAUGUGAACAGUGCAUCCUCCUCCAGGAUUGAACCAGUUUCGCCGCCACCUCAGGAAGGAAUUUCUACAUCUGGACGAAUUGAAGGCUUAGAAGAAGCACCAAGUUCCACCAGCAGUGAAUUGGCUCAAAAUAGUUUUGUCACCUCCUCACUUGGUCACAGCAACCAAGCUUCGACUUCAUUGGCCAGCAGUUCAGCACGAGGCUGUUACUCUCCCUAUGGUCCAUCAGCAUCUGUUUCCAGUAGUACAGUAGGUGGCAGCAGUCCUGGACCUUCUAGUUCUUUGAUGCCUUCUGGAACAGCACCAUUUCCUGCUUUCACUGGUGUGACCACCACAUAUACAUAUCCAUUUUCAGCUCUAACUGUUCGUCCGGUAGGUUAUUCAGAAAACAGUCCAUCGUCAGUACCAAACACUGUUUCGGGAACGACGGUUGGUUACCCUGCUAAUCCAUCCACAGCAUGUGGUCCCAGUUUCAGUGUAAUUGCUAAUAGUUCAUCUAGUAAUUCUCCAACGUCAAGGUCUUGUGACUCUCAUCAUGUGUCACUUUUGUCAUCACAGUACGAGCCUUUGUCUGAUGAAGAUUAGGUUUUACUCAUGGACAAUUUAUUCUUUCAUAUUUGGUGCUUUGUCAUGAAACCUUAUUAUAUUGUGAAGACUGUUGAUAUGAUCAUCAAAUUCUGGAGCUUUGCUCAUUAGACUUCAAAAUAACCAUAAAACUUAUGGAAAACAUAUAAUUAUCUCAAAUUUGAACUUUGCUUCUAAAACUAAAAAGAAAUGGACUUAAAAUGUGGUCUCUCAUAGAUUUUUAGAGCUGGUGAAAUGUACAUGGUCAUCUUGUAGAGAAAGGCAAGAAACAUCUAUGUAUUAUUAUUAAAAUUUAUUUUGCAAGUUUUGUGUUUCAAUAUUAUUCUUUAGUUUUAAAACUAAGCCAGAUUUGCCCUCAAAUGUUCCAUGGUACCAGUACUCUGUUAUAACUUUGCUCAGUGUGAUAUGUAUAAAGUAACAAAAGGAAUACUAAUUGGUGUGUCAUUUUUUUUAUCACUUGUCUACACUGCCAAUGCAAACCUUUCCAAUAAUAACAAUAAUAAAUUCCACUAUUCCUACUGUACAGUGCCUUGGUAUGGAGUAGGGUAUAAUAUACAGUAAAGUGGUGUGUUAUUCUGAAGAAUUGACAAACUCAUUAGAGCUGUAAAAAAAAAAAAAUCAGUUGAGCAAAUGCAAGUUUUUUUUUAUGUUCAACUUAUAUCUGGAAAACUGUCCUAGACGUUUUAUUUUGUUGUUUUCGUUUUGCACAAAUGGUAAUGUUUGAGGGGAAGAGAAAAUGAUAACUUGCAUUUGUGAUUUUCCAAAAUUCAUGUGAAAUGAGAACUGAUAACUGUUUCAGAAAAAAUAAAAAGUCAUAGGUAUUCUACUCAUUCCCUCACUUUGUCCCCUGUAGGGGAAAAUACCAUUGUAUUCAUUCAUACUUUUUUU